GUCAGAAAUAGGAAAGGAAAACAUCCCAGAAAACGUUGGGCGCUUUUUCCCGCCCAGAGAGAGAGAGAGAGAGAAAACGUAGGCGGAGUCACGUGAUGAGAGGUGCUCGCGCAGAUCAGGAAGCGCGUGAUUCAAGCGGAAGGGGGAAGAAGACGGGGAGUGGUCGCCAUGGGGACCACGGUAGAUGUCAAGAUCAAGCGAGCUAACAAGGUGUAUCACUGCGGGGAAGUACUUACUGGAGUGGUGGUCAUAACAAGUAAAGAUUCAGUCCAGCACCAGGGAAUCUCACUAACAAUGGAAGGAUCAGUAAAUAUGCAACUCAGUGCCAAAAGCGUUGGAAUGUUUGAAGCCUUCUACAAUUCUGUUAAGCCUAUCCAGCUUAUUAAUAACACCGUAGAAAUGGUAAAGCCUGGAAAACUCCCUAGUGGUAAAACAGAAAUUCCUUUUGAAUUUCCACUGCAAGUGAAGGGAAACAAAAUUCUCUAUGAAACCUAUCAUGGAGUUUUUGUCAACAUUCAGUAUACUCUUCGAUGCGAUAUGCGGCGCUCUCUUCUGGCUAAAGAUUUGACUAAGACUUGUGAAUUUAUUGUCCACUCACCACCUCAGAAAGGUAAACCAACCCCAAGCCCAGUGGACUUCACUAUAACUCCUGAAACUUUACAGAAUGUAAAAGAGAGGGCUUUGCUCCCCAAAUUUCUCAUCAGGGGUCACCUCAAUUCAACAAACUGCAUCAUAACCCAACCUCUGACAGGGGAGCUAGUAGUGGUGAACUCAGACGCUGCAGUUAAGAGUAUUGAACUCCAACUGGUACGAGUGGAAACCUGUGGCUGUGCUGAAGGUUAUGCAAGAGAUGCCACUGAGAUUCAGAAUAUUCAGAUUGCUGAUGGAGACAUCUGCAGAAAUCUUCCCAUUCCAAUCUACAUGGUGUUUCCUAGACUAUUUACUUGUCCCACACUAGAAACUACGAACUUCAAAGUUGAAUUUGAAGUGAACAUUGUUGUUCUUUUGCAUGAUGAUCAUCUUAUCACUGAGAACUUUCCACUGAAACUCUGCAGGUUGUGAUCAAUGAAGAUAAUUGUUUCUGGACUUAAAUUAAUAUCGGGUAUUUCCUGUCAUUCACUAAUGCAGUGGACUGGCACUGCAGAAUUUUAUCAGGUGACUCUGAACCCAGUAGCAGGCCAGAAUUGUAUGUUGUUCCCUUAAACAUGACCACACAAGGUCAGUAUUGAACGAGAACUAGAUGAACAUUUUCCUUACUGGCACAGCCCAGGAAUGUUAAUUACACAUAGAAGAUGUGGCUUUCCUUCUAGUGAAUUAAUGUAUUACAGGAUGUAUCUCUGUAUUCCUCUAUUUGUAUUACUUAUAAUAGUAAAAGUUGCAAAAGUUAAAGGACUAGUUUGUUCAGUUUGCUUCAGUAACAGUAAUGCACUGACUUUGGAAACAUUUGUAAGUUUGGCUAAAAACAGUAAAAUCUGUUUUUAGCCGAAAAAUCCGCCAUGUUAAUGAAAAGAAAAUAUUUUGAUUUCUCACAGAUUAUGCAGUGGUAUAAUCUGUAGCACAGGGCUAUCUACAAACCUUUACUCUGGUUUGUUUGUAUGCAUGCAGGCUGGUACAAUAUUGCCAUCUUCUGGCAAAUUAUUUAAAAGGAAAGCAUAAAAGGAAUACCCUUCGACAAAGACCACAUGAUCCCUAGCCCUCUAGAUAUGUUACUAAAUUUCUAAAAAAUGACAGCCAUACAUUUUAUGCUAUUCAAUUUUUUAUUUAAUUCAGAUAUAUUUUUAUUCUUGAAUGUAUCAUUUUGAACACAGAAGUACAGCAAGUGAUGCAGUGCAGAAUGGGACUUGAAGUGAGUUUCUGGAAUUAACUUUUCAAAAUAUUUACUAUGAAUGUAUUCUUGCAGUUUCUGUAUGGCCAAGGAAAGGGCUUUAGGCAACAUGUUUGCUAGUCUGUGUACAGAAUACUGAAUCAGAGGUGCCAUUACCAUGAUACAGCAUUGUUUUCAUAUUCUUAAGGAUCAUCAUCCCAAAGAGUAAGUAACAGGCAGCUUUUCUACAUGAGAGAAUAUCUUUAGGUUUUGUUCAGAGAGAUGGGUGGGGGAGAUGUAACUGUUACAUCUUUCCAAAUUAAAUUGUUACUGUUCUUUAAAUUAUAAAUUGACUUGAUCUAGUCCAUCUGGGCAGGGCUGGCAUGCAGAAGAAUCCUUGUCUAGUACGUAUGCUAUGUCGAUAAACACUUGAUAUUUAACUUUGUGUUUCCAUAGGAAACAGGGUUGUGGAAUAAAUUAAGAAUUGUAAGAUAUCUUAACACCCCCCAAAGGAAAUUUAAUUAUUUCUUUCAAAUUAGGAACAUAUUAAAGGCAUUAAAUUUAUGUGCUUGCAUUCAGAGGGAACAAUGAGCAUUUUCUUGUCCAGUGUACAGCACUGUGGCUGGGAUCCAAAAUUCAGAAGUGGAAGAAAUCUUCCAGUUGUAGAAAAGACUGGUCCAAAUGUUGUAAAAGCGUGGAAAAAAAGGUGCAUUUUUACUGGUAGUAUGACAGACUCAAUCUCUAAAGAGAGUGACAGUAAUUCAUGCACAAGCAUUGGUUCUUUGGUUAUGAAAGCUGUUGCUUGUGCUUGAAACCAAAUAUUAACUCUCUGUGGCCUUACAGUUUAAUAACGUUUACUCUCCAAGGAAGAAAUCUUGUUUUGAAAAUCAGAUUACUAAAAAUUCCAGAGUGCUUAGAAACCUACACCUGCAAUCUUCAAAAUGGUCUACAGCAUUACUGUGAGAAUAAUGACCAGGUUCUCAGUUUACUGAACAGCACUACCCACUCGUAACCAGUUAAAACAACCAUGUCCAGAAAUUUAGGAAUGUACGUUAAAAUUGUUUAUUAAUAUAGUUUAAUUUAGGGAAAUGAUAGCCAUUGAGAAAAUCUUGACCAUAUAUCUACUUGUUCGGCAAUGAAAUUAUCUUUUGGUUAUAUAUAUCAAAUUACUACUGCAAAGAGAAUAAAAACAAUUUGAAAUCUCGGAAGAAGUGUCCCAAAGGAAGAAAUCAUUUGACUAGAUGUUAGAAAAAAUGGCAGUAUUCGUAAUAUGUUUAAAAGUUCACUCACUGUACUUAUAAUACUCCAUAAAUAUACGGAGCACACUACACAAAUCAUAAUCAUUAUUCUACAUAAUAUGAAUCACAUUUUCUUGUUAAUCUCUAUUACAUCAUCUAAGUGGUUCUUUUUCGUCCAGGAAGUUCAGGAUAUUCUUCAUGUAAAAGAACAUGAUGGCGACAUGUUGGACAGGUACUGUGCUCCUUAAUCCAUGGGCCAAUACACUGUAUAAAACACAUGAAGAUCCAACGUGAAGCCAACAGUCAACACACAAACACAUACAUGCACAAAGAUAUAUUCUGGUAAUUAGUUUUCAAAUGGUUUCAUGCAGCCACAUGUGAUUAUGUCUCUGAAGUUUCACAGUAUAUGUAAUAUUUUUUGUGGCAAGUUUUCUAUAGGGUAACUGAACGGUUUUGCUCAGCAAUACAUCAAAUCACACAAUAUAUUCCUGCCAGAAUUGGGAGAUACUUUUAUGGCAGUCUCCAAAUUCAUAAGCAACUGAAAUGAUAGAAGUUGGAUUCUUGGUUGAAUUGUCCUACUUACCAAUUUAUGAAAUCUAUGUCCGCAGUCUAGCAUUUGCAACAUUUCUGAACUUAAUUCCUCAUGACAGAUCACACAGGGAUCAUUAUCCUAUGGAAAUAAAUGCAUUUAUUGUGAUUGAAAAGCUACUUUCAGAUGUCCUGAUUCCUACUGCACAGAUGUAAAAAGCAGCACUGCUGAUGAUUUCACGCAACCCUUUAGUAAAGCAUAAAUUGCACAUAUAUAAAGUACAUACAAUAUUUCUGUUACGCUGGCAGGGUUUAGUCCACCUGAUAUUUCCUUGCAGAAUAAUAAACUGUAAUAUACUUAGAUCAA